AUGAUUGGGUACCAUAAUUCCUCAAGUGGCCUUACCCUCCUGGUCCUCCUGACAGGGGCUACCUUCUUCCAUCUGUCCACCCCCAACUCAAUCAACACCCCUGGAGAUGUCAAUAACCCACACAGAGAUACUCCUCCGGGGCUACUAGAGUCAGGAGACAGGCAAAGAAAGGAUGAGGAGAGACAAUCAAUGCAGAAAGAAGAGGCAGAGGAAGAAGAGGAGCUUUUUAAAGAUGUGGAUCUCAAAACACUAGCAGCAGUUUUACUGGAGGCACUGAAUCGCUCACAAGUAGAGAAGAGGGGGGAGGGAGAGGAGCGGGAUGGGAGGCAAGAAGAGCUGAGGCUGAAGGCUGAGAAUGGGGAGGUUAAAAAAGAAGAGGCAUACAGAGAAGUUAGCACGAUGGAGGGAGCAGACCGAGUCAGAGAUGGACGGCAGGAGUUAGACCUGCUGAUGGCUGCACAAGGGAAGGAGCAUGAAAGAGAGGAGGAAGAGGAGAGAAGGAUAGCUCAGGAAGAAGAGGAGAAGAUGACAGAGAUGGUGACCAGUCGUACCACAAGCCAGACAGUCCAGGUCCAAACAGAGCAGCAGCCUGCCAGUCCAGAUGGAAAAGGGGUGAACAGGCAGCUCCAGCAGGGACCAAACAGCCCUGAACAAGGCAGCAACGAGGAGGAGGAGGAGCAGCUCAGUCCUGAGGAGCUGAAGAACCUCGAGACCAUGAUGAAGGAGUUUCCUCGUUUGAACACAGCCAUAAAGAAGGAGGGAGAUUCAGAGCAAAUCCAGAGAGAGAGCAGAGGCUACAGCAGCUACAACGACAUCAUACCAAUCAACAAAGGCAGCGACCUCACCAUGUCUAAGAAGAAACUGAAAUGGCAAGAGGAGACGCAGAAAGCCUUGACCUUUCCCAUAUUUAGGGGAGGCAAUUUUAUGGAUGACUUUGAAGACAGUAAUUAUGCUGGCAGUAAUCCAGCCCAGUCCCAGCUUCCCACAGAGCAGGAGGUGAUUCAUGAUAAUGAACCAGAGGAGGAGGAGGAAGAUGAGGAGGUGUUGAGUCCCGAGGAGGAGGAAGCUCAGGUCAAAGCAGAGCAGGAAGAGAUGAGGAGGCAGGCGGCUGAGGCACAGAGAGCCAAGAUGGAGGAGGAGAAGUUGGCCGACAUCGCCUCGGACAUGCUGCUGCGCUACAUGGUCAAACAGCAUAAUGGGCAUAAGAAGUACAGCUCAUCUUUGUCAAGCACUGCGGAGGACAAGAGGUCUGAUGAGGAAGUGACAGAGGAAGACGAUAUUGAUCCCCAGACCAUCGACAAGCUGAUUGAGAUCUCCAGCAAGCUCCAUCUUCCUGCUGACGAUGUGGUGGAUAUCAUAAGCGAUGUGGAGAAGAAGAAGAAGAAAGAUGUGCCGCUUGAGAGGCCGUCUCACUGGCAACGACCUCUAACUCCGCUGUCUCCUUCAUUCUCAUCUGCCAAUGGUGUUUCAACAUCCCAAAUAUCAACCAUCAAAAGUAGCUCCCCUGUCUCAAAGCAACCCUCUCCAGCUGUCAAUCUCCUCAAAACAUGGUUUCAGGAGAAAUCGCCAACAAAAUCACAAGAUUUCUGGAGCAAACCUGCAAAGCCUCUGCUAGCCAAUCAAAAUCUUUGGCCCAAACCUCAGAAGCCUCUGCCAGUCAAACAGGAACUCUGGCUCAAAUCACCCAAAUAUGUUGGGACCAGCUACCCUUUUUACCCCUACAAAUACCCAUCCCAUUACCAGAGGAAGCCCUACCCAGACUACUACCCCAUCUAUUUUCCUCCUCCCCUCAGACCCAAACAACGUUACUAUGUGCCCAAACCCAGUCUCACCCUUAACAACUUUCUGGGAAAUUCUGCAUUCACUUUCCCUCCCAAACGCCGUUACCACAACUGGGUCCAACCCCAGCUGCGAACCCCGCCUGCAGGUCUCCAGCAGAAGCCUUACUUCACCAGCUACCCCCUCCCACUUUACCCCUGGACAUUACCCAUCCCCAAACCACGUGCCCCUCCCCGUAUGCCUGUGAUCCCUCCUCAACAGAAGCAGUUUUAUGACUCAGCCCCGGCACCUGCAGUGACGAGAAAUAAUGAUUAUUAUGUGGCUGGAAAACCACACAGCAUCAACCGUGACGAUCUGGAGAAAUACAUACAGCAGAUACUAAUGAAGAGACCGCAAAUGUUGGACUAA